GCGAAAUGCAACAGUAACAGUCUCGAAGCCACAUUAUGGAAAAGUGUUGUGUUUCUAGACGACCUCUAAAUUUUGAAAAAAGAUUUCUCGGAUUACGUAAGAGUUCUCUCUCUCGUACUAAGGAGAAGUUGUCCAGAAAUGUAUGAUGGGUAGUGAAUUAGAAACGUUCCCGAUCUUCGAUUUUUUGAAGAGUAAAUCCUGGAAUAGACAUCGCAAUGACAGUCCUGACUUUGGAAGACGCCAACUGGAAGCAUUCAGACGACGACUUAGCUCUGGGGCUCUGACGAAAAUUGACUACUGUGUGUGUCCACAUGGCGGGCUAUACAUUCCUACACUUCUCGAGCUGCACAAGCAAGUUCGAGAGCGCCGACGGAGCCGUUCAAAUUCCACUACAGGAAGGAGCAGGACGCCUUCCAGCGUAUCCAGUGGUCGCACCACCCCAUCCCCAGGUCCCAGCUUCCUCUCACCACUUAAUGGAAGAACCAUGUCUGAUGAUUCCCUUUCCCAGACUAGGAUCAACAGUCCACCAAGAUUGAUGAGUCGGGUCCCACGAAAGUACACUACAGUCUGCUGGCUGGAGCCUUGCAAUGUUCCUGUCCAUUAUUCCAGUACAGUUUUAAUAACUCUGGGUUCAACCAGGAAAAGGUACACUGAAGACAUCAGAUUUCAGACACGCCUGGCCCCAAGAAGAUUCAGUGAAUCAGUGGAAACUCCAGUCUCUCGGUAUUACAUAUCUACAAUAGAAAUACCAUGCAAUCCAUAUAAUCAUCUGUUUGAUGGGGAGCUGUUACAAGUCCCUUCUGACUCUGAAGCUUAAUUUAUAUAAUUUUUAGUACUUUAGCUUCUGAAUGAAUGUUUAAUCUAUUUAAAUGAAUAUUAUUUACAUCUCAAACAUGUAAAUGAUAAAUUCCAAAUGAGCUUCAAUAUAUAACAGAAGCAUAUUGUAUGUGCUACUCACCAAGCUUUAUACAUGAAAACUGUCCUAUUUUCUAGAAUGUUUUAGCUUCAUCCAACUUUGAAGAUUGUGUGUUCAACUGUAAUGCAGUGCAUGUGUACAGUGUUGCCAAUGCUAGCAAUUUGUUUGUGAACAGUGAAAAAUAAUAUGGAAAAAGUGUGGUGGCGAUUUCUAAAAUAAGGGAACAAGAUCAGCUGCUCAUCCAAAAUGUCUGGUGUUAAGAAAUAAAACAGAAUGUAAUGUGAAAGUA